GUACAGUCAACCCUCCCCGGACUUCGACGCGACAUCCCUUCGCAAAGACGAGCUCAGCAGCCUGCGUGAGACGUCCAGCAAGAUCGGUGACAAGUCCCUCAUGGCCCUCUGCGAAAUGCAGCUUAAAUUGCUCAACAGGGUACCGCCGCCGCCGCCACCCAUCGAGCAGAGGCUGGCAGCAUCCAGAAGGGCCUUGGACCAGCAGGGUGCGAAGCUCGGGAAGGCCAUGGACCAACAUGUCAAAUGGAAGCGCGACAUUGACAACCACUGGGAGUACAUCGUGAGCCCCAAGACGAAGCUCGAGGACAUACAGGCCGACUAUGACCUCCUGGCCGCGGAGGUCGGCACUGUGGGGCCCGAGUCCCAGCACCAAGAAACUGAAGAAGCAAAACCAAAGUUGUCCCUCCAUGCGCUCCUGGACGGAUCCCUGGACGGUUUCGCCAUCGACUUCGGAGACGUGUUCAAUCUUGGGGGUGGUGAAGAUACCGAGGAAGGGGAACUCAAGCAGGCUGAAGAGCGCAGGGAGGCCCUCGCCACGCAGCUCCAGCCCGCAGCCAAGUGUCUCUUCUCGGAGGCGGCCUCCAG